UUCAUUGGUGAGAGACACAUUUCAUUAAGUAUUUCACAGUGUUCACAUAGAAAAUGGUCCUUGAAUGCUUAGAUGCGCCGAUACGUGUGCCGGACAGCACUGUAGCUCUUUAGUCGAGAGACGCGUUCCAUGUCGAAAGGAAGCCACGUGAUUUUCAGCUGUAGGUCGGUAUCCGGUCGGCAGUCGUCAGCAUGGCCGAACACACUGUUCUUCACAGCGGCUACUUCCACCCCUUACUGAGGGACUGGCAGUCCGGCAACACGGCCAUCACGCCAGAAAACCUCAUCUACCCUCUGUUUAUUGUGGAGGACCCCGAUGCGGUUCAGCAGAUAUCGAGUAUGCCUGGUCAGUGUCGGUAUGGUGUUAACCAGCUGCAGGAGGCGGUGGCGCCGCUCGUGAAGAAAGGUCUCAGAGCGGUGCUGCUCUUUGGCGUGCCGGAGAACAUUGAAAAGGAUGCACGGGGAACUGGGGCGGAUGUUCCAAACUCACCAGUGAUUGCAGCCAUAAAGUUGUUGAGAAAAAGUUUUCCUGAUCUCCUAGUCAUUUGUGAUGUCUGUCUCUGUCCAUACACAUCUCACGGACACUGUGGUAUCCUGCGGGAGGAUGGCAGUAUUGAUAAUGAACCCAGCAUUGCCAGGUUAGCCGAGGUGGCUGAGAAUUACGCAAAAGCAGGCUGUCAAGUGAUCGCUCCGUCUGACAUGAUGGAUGGCCGGAUUGGAGCCAUCAAGAAGCGACUGCGUGCAGCCGGACUCGACAACAAGGUUUCAGUCAUGAGCUACAGCGCCAAGUUUGCAUCCAGCUUUUAUGGCCCUUUCAGAGAUGCUGCAAAGAGUGCCCCGUCAUUUGGAGAUCGAAAAUGCUAUCAGCUGCCUCCUGGAUCAAUUGCCCUUGCUGAAAGAGCUGUGAAACGAGACGUGGCGGAAGGGGCUGAUAUGUUGAUGGUGAAACCAGGAACUGCCUACCUCGAUGUUGUCCGCAUGGUCAAGAAAAAGUAUCCAACUCACCCGCUAGCAAUCUAUCAGGUGUCUGGAGAAUACGCAAUGCUAUACCAUGGUGCCCAGGCUGGUGCUUUUCAACUCAAAUCUGUUGUCAUGGAGACACUGACAAGCAUGAGAAGAGCAGGAGCUGAUAUAAUCAUCUCAUACUUCACACCACAGUUAUUGGACUGGAUUAGAGAGUGAUCGGUUGGUCAUCUUCAAUGGAUAAUGAACACAGUUUUCUAAUAUCCUGGAAUUCACUGAGAUGGUUUCUCUUGAUCAGGGGCCUAAUUCACUAAACUCUCAACUUUUAGAUCUUGCAGUGCAAUGCUAAAAGACUUGCAAAGAGGAUGCUUUGUUGUCUAGCAGAGCCUAAGAGAGCUUUGUGAAUUAGGCCCCUGGGCAUUAUUACUAACGUGCUGAACAUGAGUGUCAGAAGAUGAUAGCAACAAGGAGAGUGGUCACUUGUAUAUUAAUUCUUUUUUCAACGGUGGGGCCAAAGUAUUAUUUUAAGAGUUUGGGCAGUGCCCUUUUCCCAUGCCCCUUCUUCCCCCCCCCCCCCCCUUUGCUUCAGAUGCCUAUGCUGAUAUAUGUGUGUGCCUGAAUGUAGAUUGUGUUACAUGUGAAAGCAAAUUAACAUGGGUGAGCCAAAUUUAUCAAAGUUGAUUUUUGCACAUUUAUUUUAGAGUUAUGUAAGUCUUCAGUGCAAACAAAAUAAAUGUGUGUACUCGAUUAAACACCAGGGUUUAUAAUAAAUUAUUCAGUAUUCGCUGCCAUUUUGGGAAGUUACAUGUGAAUAAGGAAUAAAUACUUUUCAGUAAUUUAACCAUAUAUCUUAAAUUUUAAAAAAGUAAGAAAGACGCAGAUGAUAGUUAUAUAUAGGAUGUGUAUUUGUAUUCACAAGGGCAAAUGUUAUAACCUUUACACAGUGCCUUCUUUACCAGAUUCAACAUGUAGUGCAUAUUUGGUAAUAGUCUUGGGUCUCAUUCACCGAACUCUUGUUGCAAUUUUGCUCUCUCGCAGUGUAAUACGAAACAACUUGCAAGGAUGAUGUGACAUUACUUAAUUAAGAGAUCUUUGUGAAGUAGACCUCAAGCCAGCUUCUGUGCAAGUCACUUUUGUGCUCACUGUGAUGAUAUAUACUGCCAGGUUUAUUAUUUACCAUUUGCAUGUUCUAUUCCCACGGUUAAAACAAAAUGUUUUAUUUCUGUAAUGUACCAAAAUUAUAAAAAAAUUAAUUCACUCUUAAGGUACACAUUUUAAAUACUUGCAUCAAGACAUUGUUUUACUUGCCAAACACAUACAGUUGUUGAGAUUAUUAGAAAAUAUUUAAACUUUUUUUAAAAUUAUAUACCUAACAUGGACCAUUUGAUUUAAAAGACAUUGUGUUUUUUGUGUAAAACGUUUGUAACAUACCCUAUAUUUAAACAGACUAUCAAUGUGUACUUAAAGAUUGAGAAACCUGGGACACUUGAGUUAUUGAGAACCCAUGCCAUAAUUACAGCAAGUCGUAAUACUUGGCAAAUGCUAACUGAUUUGAUGCGGCCAAGUGUUAAUUCACAAAUCGCUAGCCACUUUACGAUCUUACAGUGCAUUACAAAAGGACUUGCAAGGACAGUGCAAUGUUACUUAGGAGAGCUUUGUGAAUUGGGACCCUAAAGCACCAUGACUGGUAUAUUAAAGUCUUUUUCUUUUGUUUUUUGCAAGAAAUGGUAAAUUCUUCACAAUGUACUCGCAUGGAAUUUAUUUUCAGUGUGUAUAAUCACCUGCCAAUGUGACUGGUAUUCCCAAAGUCAGAUUUUACAUUUUUUUUAAUGUAUGUGUUUAUGAUCAGUUUCUGAUCAGCUGAAGUAUUGCAAAUUUUAUAAACAUCUUGAUAAUUUAGUACGUGUACUAAGUAAGAAGCAUUUCUAAAAGGUAUUUAUGAAAAUCUUGUUCUGUCAAAAUUUUGGUGCUUGUCAAACAUUCACAGCAUGCAACAACUUGUUUUGAGCUUUUGAUCAUAUGGCCACAAAUCUUUUAUCUUUCAUUUAGUGGAGUUGUGGAAGCAGGUUUCCUCUUUAAUUACCUCUGUGGUCCUUAACCAGUGCUCCAACUGGAAUUAAAAUGUGUUAAACCUUUUCUUUCUUUCUUUCAUAUAGCAUAAAUAAUGGUGGCCACAUCAGUACCAUCAACAUAUAAAUGGACGUAAAUGAAUUAAUAGUAUAUUCAGGACUAGCUCUAGCAAAUUGUGAAUUUCAAAAACAAUUGGCAAAUUUUAUUUUGGUUUGGUUUAGCCCUGAUAUUCUUAGCAAGAUAAUGUACAUUUGACCAGAAAUUUAAGACAAUAUUUUUUUAGUUCCACGACCCUUUGAAACAUCUCCACUGAAUUUGCUGUCAUGAAUCCUUUACAAUAUAUACUUGCCGAAAAAGGUUCCUGUGCCCCAAAUAAAAUGGUCUUAAACCAACUAAAGAUGAAUUGGUCGAAAUUUGUGACUAAAUGGAUUGUCUAUAAAGCAUAAUUGUGCAAUUGACUCACUCUUUACAAUUUACCAGUAAAUAAUUUCAUAAAAAUUAUUUGAUUUUUCAUUUAAUACCGUUAAUAUAUACCGUGUGCAAUACAUACAUGGGACCGUUGGGUGUAUGUGUGUGUAUAUACAUAUGCACACAUUUUUGGUGCAUACUAUUUUCUCAAAUGGUGCUAACUACAUUAGUAGUUUAAGUUUAGGCAGUAGUACAAAAUAUCAUUACUUUAUUUUCAGUAAAUGUAGUUUGUUUUUAUAAAAGUUUACUAAUUUAAAAAUAAAUUAUUCUGCAUUUGUGAGAAGAAGAAAAAUCUGUUUUAUUACAAGAAUAUUCCAUUUAGGUUUUUUGCGGCCCACUUUUAAAUAUCUGUACAUAAGAGAACCUCACUAAACUGGAUACCUCUUAAUAACGGACAUUUUGCUUAAUCCCUAGGGGGUCCGGUUUAGAAGAGUUUCACUGUAUAUCAAAAAACAUGUUACCACUUUAAUCCUAGAAAAUAUAACUUUCUGAUUAUAUAUUACAAAAAUUAUGUCAGUAUUAUGAUCACUAUCAAAGUAGCCCAUUUUUUAGCUGUUUUUUGUGGUUUGAUUUUCACUAGUUAAACUAGUUUUAUUAGUUAAAAAUCAUAAACGAAAAAUUAUUUUGUUUUGAAAACAUUUAUUUUAUUAUAUCUAUAAGUAACUGAAUAUUUUUUUUUAUAUGAAAACAAGUAUUUGAUACCUGUGAAGACAUGCAUUUGUAUUUUUAGGCCUAUAUAUAGUGUGUUGUGUUGUAGUGUAGAUUCUGUGAGCAGUUUUGUUGUGGAAUUCAUUAUAAUACUGCAAAUGACAGAAAUAUGUGAUCAUUUUUUUCUCACAAACUCAAGUGGAUUUGAAUGUUUUGAUUUAAUUAACCAGAAAAUCAAAAAUUGUUAGGUACAUGAUUUAACUUUUGCUUUGACUUUUAAAGAAUAACUCAUAUUAUGAUGUUUAAUUCUCACUCGGUCUUUCAGAAAGUUGAACCCACUUUUAAGUAGGGCAGUUCAAAAUUCAUAUUUCAUAAAGCGUAUUAAAUAAAUCCCACCAUUGACUUGGAUUCUACCAGCUGACUUGGUCAACUCAAGAACUUGACUACUCUUUUGACUUAGUUCAGUGUGAGCCAGCGAUGGAUGUAGCCCAGUGGUAGAGUGCUUGCUUGAUGCACGGUCAGUCUGGGAUCGAUUCUCAUCGAUGGCCCAUUGGGCUAUUUCUUCCAGCCAGUGCACCAAGACUGGUCUAUCAA